UAACUAACUUUUUCUCUUUCUUUUAUUGAUUAUAUUGAAAACCCACAAAGCAAAGCCACCAAAGGUGCGUGUAGAGGGAACUUAAUUUGAUUUGGUGCAAUGGGGGAUUUGGAGAAGAAGCAAGAGAGGGCAAUGGAGGAAGAAGUCAAAGAGAGGUUGGUGGAGGGUGUGGCGGUUUUGGACUUUGACAUGCUUUGUUCCACAGUGGCUUUGCGAGCUGCACAUGGAAAAUGGGGAAAGCUGGGAGCUGAAGAGGAAGAAGAAGAAGAAGAAGAAGAAAAGGAGGAGGGUGGUGAGUUUGGUGGUGUUCUGAGGAUGUGGGAGGGUGAAGUUCUUGAUUGUUUCGAUGAUCAUCGCAUAGCUAUUGAAUCCACGUGUUGUCCUUGCUACCGAUUUGGGAAAAACAUGAAGAGAGCUGGUUUUGGUUCUUGCUACAUUCAGGCAGCAAUUUAUUUUCUUCUUGCUGUUGGUGCCUUUCUUAACUUCAUUGCCUUUGCUGUCACGAGACGUCACUGUUAUCUGUACCUGACUGUUGCCUUCGUUGUUUCUGUUGGAGCAUAUUUAGGAUUCUUCCGGACACGUUUAAGAAAGAAAUUCAACAUCAUGGGUAGUGAUAGUUCCAUGGACGAUUGCGUUUACCAUUUCGCCUGUCCUUGUUGUACAUUAUGUCAGGAGUCUAGAACGCUUGAGAUGAACAAUGUUCGAGAUGGAACUUGGCAUGGUCGGGGUGACAAAAUAUGCAUUGGUGGCUUUAGCCAAAAAAGCAAAGGAUUUUUCGAGUUAAAUCCUCCUUCUAUUGUCUCCGUCAACGAUGAAAGUUCAUUGGAAACAAAAACAAACACAAAUGUCAGCAGUCCACCUUAAUUCAAGGUAGUGAGGAAGAUUUGAAACAACACUUCAUCAUCUUAAAAUUCAGUUACCAUGUAUCUUCGCCACACAUUUCAAGUUCCCAUUGAAUUUCUUUCUGAGAAGAAAUGUAAUGAGCAUUCCUUGAUGCAUUUAUAGAAGGUUCAUACUAAGGACUAUGUUGUUGGAAGCACUAGGAAACAAAACAAAUUGUUAACAAUUAAGCACAGAGAACAACAUUGUUCUGUUACAAAUUCCCUUUGGGGAGGGAGAUGUUAAUAUGCUCAUGUGCAUAAUCUUCUUUCAGUUUCAACUAAUAGGGUAGUUAUAAUUUUGCCAUCCCAGUAAUAUAGUUUGAUUAGUUUUAUGAUGGUACAAGAAUGCCAUCAUGUUGUGCAUCUGUUCAAUAGAUUGAGUGUUCAUAAUUUGAACUUAUUCAUGCACUUGAAGGGCCCGAUUCUUACAGAAUUUUGGAACAAUAUGUUUGUUGUUGGGUUCAAUUAAGUCUAAUGUUUAUAGUCUCCAUUUUUUGUAUAAGAAGGUUCAAUAAUUUGUAAGAAACCAUUAAG